UGUUUUUGACGGAUCUGGCAACCCUGCUCGGAUUAGCAAGCAAUCCAUCUGUCAAGGAAGCAUCUCGGGACUUUAAAAUAUGCAAAACAUGAAGUAAAAACUUUGGAAACUGGCAAAAGUCACCUGAAUUCCGGACUGGUGGGCAGACGAAGACUAUGCUUGUGGAUAAAAUGUGUUUGACUCUAUGAAGAGGUGCUCCGGUAGUUUUGACGCUGUCCUUCUACAGGAUGGAGGGUGUUGUAACGUAUCUGAAGCGGGGACUAAAGCUUGACGUCCUGAGAGAAGCUGGACGUCAGUAUCCAGUCUUCUGCUUCCUGCUGCUAUCCAUGCUGUCUCUGACCGUGCUUCUCAACAGGUAUAUCCACAUUCUGAUGGUUUUCUGGUCUUUCCUGGCUGGUGUCAUCACUUUCUAUUGCUCCAUUGGACCAGAGACGCUUCUCCCAAAUAUCUUCUUCACCACAAAGCCAAGAAACAAACGCCAGGAGCAGGAGUUGUUUCCUCUGGGCCACAGCUGUGCUGUGUGUGGGAAGGUCAAGUGCAAACGUCACCGACCGACGCUCCUCCUUGAAAACUAUCAGCCAUGGUUGGACCUGAAGGUUCAUUCAAAAGUAGACGCUUCAAUAGCAGAGGUAUUCGAGUUAGUUCUUGAGAACUUUGUGUAUCCCUGGUACAGGGACAUCACAGAUGACGAGGCAUGUUUGGAUGAAGUAAGGUUGACCUUUCGUUUCUUCGCAUCAGUGCUCGUGCGACGGGCUCAGAAGGUUGAUGUUCCUUCUGUGUUUGCAGACAAAGUGAUGAAAGCUGCAAUGAAGCACAUUGAAAUUGUUGCAAAAGCUCAUGAAAAAGUGAAGAAUACGGAGGGUUUACAACAGGCAGCUCUGGAUGAGUAUGGCGCUGAUCUUCACAUCGCUCUGCGCAGCCGAAAAGAUGAGCUGCUCUACCUGAGGAAGCUGACGGAGAUGCUGUUUCCAUACGUCAUGCCUCCCAAAGCUACAGACUGCAGGUCUCUGGCUCUGUUGCUGCGGGAAGUGAUGGCUGGAUCUGUCAUGUUACCAACCAUGGAUUUCAUUGCUGACCCUGAUACUGUGAACCUCAUGGUGCUGAUAUUUGUUGAUGACACUCCACCAGAACCAGCCACAGAUCCUCCGUCUGCCCUGGUUCCAUUUUUACAGAAAUAUGCAGACGUCAGCAACAAGAAACAGUCUGUGCUGAAGCUGGAGCUGAAGGAGAUCAGGGAACAGCAGGAUCUCCUCUUUCGUUUCAUGAACUUCCUGAAGCAGGAGGGAGCUGUGCACGUGCUGCAGUUCUGCCUCACUGUGGAGGAGUUUAACGAUAAGAUCCUGAGUCCAGAGCUGGGUGAUUCUGAGCUGCAGCGUCUGCACGGCGAGGUGGUGCACAUUUAUGAGACCUACUGCCUGGAUGAAAGCAUUGACAAGAUCAGCUUCGACAAGUUCAUCGUGGAGGAGAUAAGGAACAUUGCUAAAGGUCCGUACACCGAUGUGGUAAAGCUGCAGACGAUGCGCUGCCUGUUUGAGGCGUAUGAACACGUCCUAUCUCUGCUGGAGAGAGUCUUCACUCCGAUGUUCUGCCACAGCGAUGAAUACUUCAGACACCUGCUGAGAGGAGUCGAGUCUCCAACGAGGAACAACAGGAUCAGCAGGAAUUUUUCGAAACGUGGGGAGUCGUUCGGGAUCAGCAGAAUUGGCAGCAAAAUCAAAGGUGUGUUCAAGAGCACGACCAUGGAGGGAGCCAUGCUGCCACCGAGUGCUAUGAACGACUUCGACGAUGAUGCAGUGGAGGAGGCGACCGUCGUUAUGGAGGAUGACUCCCCUGCUGAGCCGGCCAGCACACCGGGCGCCCUGAGGAACCUGUUGGCCUGGAGCAUCACCAUCCCCUACAUCGACAUCUACGAAGAUGAGAUCAAGAGGGAGAAGAUCCCCGUCUUCUGCAUAGAUGUGGAACGCAACGACAGGAAGGAAGUCGGUCAUGAAACUGAGAAAUGGUCGGUCUACAGAAGAUAUCUGGAGUUCUACGUACUUGAAUCCAAACUUACAGAGUUCCACGGCACAUUUGCAGAUGCACAGCUUCCAUCCAAAAGAAUUAUUGGACCAAAGAAUUAUGAGUUCCUCGCAUCAAAAAGGGAAGAAUUUGAGGAAUAUUUACAGAGACUCCUGCAGCAUCCAGAGCUCAGUAACAGUCAGCUGCUGGCAGACUUCCUGUCUCCUUACAGUAUGGAGUCUCAGUUCCUGGACAGGAUGCUGCCUGAUGUCAACCUGGGAAAAAUCUUCAAGUCGGUUCCAGGAAAGCUGAUAAAAGAGAAAGGACAGAACCUGGAGCCAUUCAUCCAGUCCUUCUUCAACUCCUGUGAGUCGCCCAAACCAAAGCCCAGCCGACCAGAGCUGACCAUCCUCAGCCCCUCCGCCGAGAACAACAAGAAGCUCUUCAGCGACCUGUUCAAGAACAACGCAAACCUGUCCGACAGUUUGGAGAGGAAACACAACUACAACUGCUUCAUGGAAAUGAUCACAGUGGGCGGCAUGUAUGACUACAUGAUGUACGUCGGUAGGACGGUGUUCCACAUGUCGGACUGGCUUCACCACGUCCUGUCUGCAGGCAGGAUCCUGUUGAAGAACACGUUUGAGGCCUACAUGGACCAGUACAUGCAGUCCAAACUGGACCAGAUUCUCCAGGAACACCACAUGGUCUCCCUCAUCACACAGCUCAGAGACGCCGUGUUCUGUGAGAGCAGCGAGGAGCGAACCACCGAGGACAAACAGAUCAGAGCCAAGAAGACGUUUGAGGAGAUGAUGAAGUAUUUACCAGACUUUGUGGUAAAGUGCAUCGGCGAAGAGGCAAAAUUCGAAGGCAUCCGGCUCCUGUUCGACAUUUUGCAGCAGCCCCUCCUCAACAAACAGAUGACGUAUGUGCUGCUGGACAUCGCCGUGCAGGAGCUUUUCCCUGAACUCACCAAGGGAAUGAAGGAAACAAUCAUCUUGUGAACCAGCUGACGCACCAAACACUGUAUCCACAACCACCACGUCUGGAUUAUAGAAGUGCAAUACUCUACUUUAUCCAAACACUCUGGGACCAGCUCUACAUUCCAAUGUAUAUUGAUGCACUAAUAAAGAGAUAUAUUUAUUGAUGCCACUACAGAUAA